UCUCUCUCUCUCUCUCUCUCUCUUUAAGUUCAACUACUGGCUACUGGGGGUGCCAGACAGACACAGUUCUGAGUUUUCAAACGGUCGGUCACAGCAGCAGUGAUUUAAUAGUACUGCAGCCAAUCAUCACAAUGAAUCUGAGAGCUAUAGUUGUAGGAAUAUCUCUGUUUGUUUUCAGCAUUUGGGUUGAAGGGCAAGGCCUUUCUUAUAAUUUCUAUGAGAAUUCAUGCCCACAAGUUGAAGCCAUAGUUAGAGCUGCCAUCCAGCCUACUUUUCUCACUGAUCCUACUUCUCCUGCUGCUUUUCUGAGGCUCAUGUUCCAUGAUUGCCAAGUUCAGGGCUGUGAUGCUUCAAUUCUUGUGGAUCCGAAUGCGAACGUUGUGCCAUCAGAGAUGGCCGCAGGGAAAAACUUCGGCAUCCGAAAGAGGGAGUCGAUAAACAUUCUUAAAUCAAUGGUUGAAUUACAAUGUCCCCAACAGGUAUCUUGUGCUGACAUUCUUGUGUUGGCGGCUCGAGAAGCUGUGGUUGUGUCAGGAGGGCCACAAAUAAAGGUUGCUUUGGGAAGGAGAGAUUCCCCUUUUGCUCCAAGCUACAAGCUUGCAGAUUCUUUGCUUCCUUCUCCCACUAUUGGAGUUGAUGGCAUGCUUCAAUUAUUUGCAAAAAAAGGAAUGACAGUUGAAGAAUCUGUGGCCAUCAUGGGUGCGCACACGCUAGGAGUCACGCACUGUUUGAACAUCCUAAAUCGUCUAAACCAAGCAGACGAAGGCGGCCAAGUACAAGGCAUGACACCUGGGUUUGAAGCGUUCUUAAGGCUCAACUGUCCACAAGGUUCUUUGACAUCAAAUACAAGCUUUGUUCUUAAUGAUCCCACAACACUUACAUUUGACAACCACUACUACAAUAAUGUAAUUGGAGGCCAUGGGGUUCUUAGAAUUGAUGCUGAAAUGGUAAUGGACCCGCGCACGGCUAUGGUUGUCGAGCGUUUCGCUGCGAAUCAGGAUGAUUUCUUUCAGGCAUUUUCUUCUGCCUUUGUCAAGCUCUCCAACUCAGGUGUUUUAACUGGGAAUCAAGGCGUUGUUAGAAAGAGUUGCAAUGCAAUAGACUGAAGAGUCAGAUGCGUUUGUAAAUUGCCAUACCAUUUUUACCGUAUAUUUCGGUUUAUUACUGUUACUUAUUUACAUGAAUCGAUUCAUGUUGAUUGUUGAACGCGAAUCUUCAGUGUUUAUUCAAACUUCAGAUCAAGAAGAUAUAUUUCUUAUUUAUCAAUAC